AGGAGGGUGAGGCCAAGCCAUACUGUGUUGGUAGAAGAAGGAUUAGUAAGCAGACUGAACCAGAAGAGAAAUUAGCAGUGCUUAUUUUGGGCUAGACACAGCUGUAGGACGUGCAGAAAUAGAACAGGAUCUCAGAAGAGGAGAGGUACCAGACAGAAAAAACAGAGAGAACUGGGUCCCCCAUUGCAGGAGAGAAGAAGUCGUUGUGCGUGGACCCCCAGCUCUUUGAAGGAGCUGGCUUUGCUGGAUUCACCAUCAUGCAGAAUCCAGUGCUGCUUCUCCUUUCCCUAUCAUGGCUUCUUAGCAUGUUUGGCCAAGCUGGAGCUCAGUUCCCUCGCCAGUGUGCUACUGUCGAGUCCCUGAGGAGUGGAAUGUGUUGCCCAGACUAUUUCCCUGUGUUUGGGCCAGGUACUGACCGGUGUGGUGUGUCUACAGGGAGAGGCCGCUGCGUACAGGUGACAGUCGAUUCACGACCCCAUGGCCCACAGUACAUCCAUGAUGGGAGGGAUGACCGUGAGCAAUGGCCCAUACGCUUCUUUAACCAAACCUGUCGGUGUAACGGUAACUUCUCUGGUUUCAACUGCGGGUCAUGUCGCCCUGGCUGGACUGGACCUACCUGUAGCCAGCAAAUUAAUAUAGUCAGGAGGAAUCUUUUGGAUCUGAGUGCAGAAGAAAGGAGGCGUUUUGUGGGUGCCUUACACCAAGCCAAGGUGACAAUUCACCCUGACAUUGUUAUUGCCACAAGAAGACGUGAGGAAAUAUUUGGACCAGAUGGCAACACACCACAAUUUGAGAAUAUUUCCAUUUACAACUACUUUGUGUGGUCUCAUUAUUAUUCUGUUAGGAAGACUUUUCUUGGCCCAGGGCAGCAGAGUUUUGGAGGAAUUGAUUUCUCCCAUGAGGGACCAGCUUUUGUCACGUGGCACAGGUACCAUCUACUGCAACUUGAGAGAGACAUGCAGAACAUGUUGCAGGACCCUACUUUUGGACUGCCCUACUGGAACUUUGCAACAGGACAGAACACUUGUGAUAUCUGCUCAGACGACUUGAUGGGUGCCAGAAGCAAUUUUGAUGUCUCUCUUAUCAGUCAGAACUCAAUCUUCUCUCAGUGGCGAGUGAUAUGUGAAAAUAUAGAAGACUAUGAAACUUUGGGAACCAUCUGUAACAGCACUGAGGGUGGUCCCAUACGAAGAAAUCCUGCUGGAAAUGUUGCACGGCCCAUGGUACAGCGUCUCCCAGAGCCCGAGGAUGUUGCUCAGUGCUUGGAAGUUGGUGUAUUUGACACUCCUCCUUUCUAUUCCAAUUCAACAGACAGUUUCCGUAACACAGUAGAAGGGUACAGUGAUCCUUCAGGGAAAUACGACCCAGCAGUUCGAAGUCUUCACAACUUGGCUCACCUAUUUUUGAAUGGGACAGGAGGGCAAACACAUUUAUCACCAAACGAUCCCAUUUUUGUCCUCCUGCACACAUUUACAGAUGCUGUUUUUGAUGAGUGGCUGAGAAGGUAUUCUGCAGGUAUCUCCACAUAUCCACUGGAGAAUGCCCCUAUUGGACAUAACCGACAGUACAAUAUGGUGCCUUUUUGGCCUCCGGUUACCAAUAAUGAAAUGUUUGUCACUGCACCAGAAAACCUGGGAUACAGCUAUGAAGUUGAAUGGCCAGGUCGAGCUCUCCGUGUCACAGAAAUGAUAACUAUUGCAAUAGUGACUGCACUGGUUCUUGUUGCAAUUAUCUUUGCUACUGCUGCAUGCAUUGUACGUGUCAAGAAAAAUAAGGAUGACUUGCAUCAACCUCUUCUGACUGACCAGUAUCAGCACUACUCAGAUGAUUAUGAUGGCAUUACACCAAGCCAGUCUGUUGUUUGAAGAGAUGGCACUUUUUUGAAUCUGACUGAAACUGUUAAUUCUGUUUUAUUUUUUAAAAGGUGGUCAUCCAUCUGCUUUAAAAUAAAGAGCAUAAACUGUCAGCUGUCUUGAUAUGUUUGCUUCAGGCUUCACCUCCUCUUUCAUACUUAGACAUCAAUAA